UACCGGCGCAUGCGUACCGGACUUGCCGCCAUGUUUCAUGGAUCAUAACAUUGGAGGAAAGGAAAUCUUUAUGUACGUUUUGGAAACAAUGUUGUGUAGAUAACACGUAGAAGAAAUCUACUGGACUUUGGUUAUUCAAAAUUAUUUAUUUAAAAUGGCUUGUUUGGCCAAUUUGAAACAAGACAUUAAAUUCUUGGAAAGUGUUUUCCAGAAAGACCACAAAGUUUUCCAGAUUUUGUCAGCCUCGGUUGACGAAUUAACGUGUCGUUUUAUCAGCAGAGAUGGUCGGAAGUAUGACGUCCAUGCCAAUAUAAUGGAAACCUACCCCCAGUCUGCACCGAUCUGGUUCAGUGAAGACGAUGACACUGUUGUGAGCAAUGUUAUAUCAAACCUGAGUGAUGCCCCACCAGACAAAAACAAUAUUCUUCAUCAAGUGCGAAUUCUAGUGUCUGAGCUGUGUAAGCUGUUCGACAUGUCAGCAUCUGAUUCCAUAAGUCAACUCGACAAAUACCUCCGGGACAGAGGUCUGAUGAUGGAGGUGAAUGCGGUUAGCUCAGAUGAGGAGGAGGAUGAAGACCAUUAUGACAUGGAGGAGGACAUUUCAACGAGUGAACAGAAGAUGAAGGAUGUGGAAGGGAUUGAAUCGGAACAGGUCAUGGUGCUAGAGAGGUUAAAACAGAACCAGAGACAGGAUUAUCUCACGGGAUCUGUGACAGGUUCAGUCCAGGCCACGGACCGCUUAAUGAAGGAGCUGAGAGAUGUCUACAGAUCCGACAGUUAUAAAAUGGGUAUAUAUUCAGUUGAUCUAGUCAAUGACAGUUUAUACGAGUGGAGUGUGAAGUUAAAGAAAGUUGAUUCCGACAGUUCCCUCCAUCAAGACCUCCUACAAUUUAAAAAAGAACAUGGCAAGGAUCACAUCCUCCUUAAUUUCACCUUCAAGGACAAUUUCCCCUUUGAGCCACCAUUUGUACGGGUUGUCAAUCCAGUUCUCAAUGGGGGAUAUGUCCUCCACGGCGGGGCCAUAUGUAUGGAACUCUUAACUCGUCAAGGAUGGAGCAGUGCCUAUGGAAUGGAAUCUGUGAUUUUACAGAUCAGUGCAACACUGGUCAAAGGCAAGGCCAGAAUCCAGUUCAGCGCCUCAAAAAAUCAGUAUAGCUUAGCACGAGCCCAACAGUCUUUCAAAUCUUUGGUGCAUAUACAUGAGAAGAAUGGUUGGUUUACACCCCCAAAGGAAGAUGGAUAACCCCGCGCAGACCCCAUACAUCCUAUAAACAUCAUCUUCAUCUUUCUUUGUCAUCUCUGUUCAUAUCUGGAAUAUUGGGAGAUGUAAAAUCUAGGCUGUCAUAGUGUCAACCAACACAGGAUUUCUGUGUAUAUGUGAGGUGCUCAUCCAAUUGUACGACUGGGUCAUCAUGUAUAUUAUUUGACUGUGCAGUGGGUGUUCCACGUGAAUCAGUUCUACUUAUCUUGUAUGGGAGAAAAGUGCUGCAAACAGGAAUUGCUGCAUUGUGGGAAGACUACAAGUUCUGUUUUUAUCGUCUUCAAGAUAUGCAAGUUUUACGACAUGUUUUUGUGUUGAGCUUCAGCAUCAACCGUGGAACGUCUUACACUAUUGUAUGAGAAUUCUGGUGAUUUCACAAGGAAUGUAAUUAUCGUUAACGUCAUUAACGCAUAUAAUAGAUCGAACGAAUGAAUUGCUUCUGUGUGUUGGUUCUGUAUGCAAUUAACCAACUCUAUUAAAUAAAUAGAUAAAAUUAU